AUGGCAUCUGAAAAAAUAAUAAAAAAUAAUAAAAAAGAUCAAGAAGAAGAACCAUUGAUCAAAGGCUUCGAAACUGAUGACAGUACUUUGACCACCUCUGCCAAUGUCUCAAAAGACAAUAAACAUACUAUUAAGAAACUAGAUAAAAAAAAGCAAGCUGAAAAAAAAAUAGUAAAGAAAAUGAUACGACUGCUACACCUUCCCGUAUUAUAUAUGUUGGCAGGUUACCUAAUGGCUUCCAUGAGGAUGAAUUAG